UUAUUAAUUUCCAUUUCCCGUAAUUUCCUCCCUCUUUUCCCACCUUCCUCGCUUUGCUCUCUCUCACCCUCUCUCACCUAGGCGGCGGCGGCGGCGGCAGCAGCAGGCUAGGCUCCCAUCUCACAUCCCAUUGCAAGGUAGAGGUCAAGAGGAGCAGCAGUGAGUGUUUGAGUGCGUGAAGAGUGAGUGGAGUUUGGUGUGAAGUGAGGAGGAGGAGGAGGAAGAAGGAAGGCAUGGCGUGGACCUCGCCGAUCUAAUCACUUUUGCCCUUAGUGUUGAGAGGAGAACGACAAGGUCCCUGACCAGUUGAGCUUGCUUGGUCAAAGCUGGGGGCUUGAUUGUGCUGUGAGUCCAAGCUCGGAAGGACCACUGCCACUGUGAAGCACAGCGGCGGCGGCAGCAAGAAGACGAGGAGGCAGCUGCCAAGUGGAUAGAUCUAAGCAAAUGGAGAACAAGGACGUGGCCCCGCUCGCCGCCGCCAUCGCUGCUCAAGCGGCGGCGGCGCCGGUGCCUGCACCGGCUUCUCAGCCACCGCCGGCCUCUAUGACGCCGCAGCAGCACCAGCAGCAGCCGCCGCCGUUCGCGCAGCAGGCGGCGCCGGCGUCGUCACCGUCCGCGCCCAUGCCCAGCGGCAUGCGGCUGUCGUUCGACCAGAUGGCGGGGAAGGCGCCGGGGGAGCACCAGCACCACCCGGGGCCCAUGCUGUACGCGGCCCCGCCGCCGCCCGCCGCUGCUGCCGCGGGCGCGCCGGGCGGCAAUGUGCUGGGCAUGGGCGAGUUGAUGCGGAAGAAGCGCGGGCGGCCGCGCAAGUACGCGCCCGACGGGAGCAUGGCCCUGGCGCUGGCGCCCAUCUCGUCCGCCUCCGCCGGCGGCGCCGCGCCCCCUGGCCAGCAGCAGCACGGGUUCUCCAUCAACAGCCCCCCGUCCGACCCCAACGCCAAGCGCCGCGGCCGGCCCCCCGGCUCCGGCAAGAAGAAGCAGUUCGAAGCCCUCGGCUCUUGGGGCAUAGCAUUCACCCCUCACAUCCUCACCGUCAAGGCCGGCGAGGAUGUUGCUUCAAAAAUAAUGACAUUCUCACAGCAAGGUCCUCGCACAGUUUGCAUUCUUUCUGCUAACGGUGCAAUUAGCAAUGUUACACUUCGGCAGCCAGCUACAUCUGGUGGAUUAGUUACUUACGAGGGGCGCUUUGAGAUCAUCUCUCUAUCUGGUUCUUUCCUGCUUGCGGAGGAUGGUGACACUCGCAGCAGGACUGGUGGUUUGAGUGUUGCACUUGCAGGGUCUGAUGGCCGAGUUCUUGGAGGAUGUGUAGCUGGAAUGCUUCUGGCGGCAACUCCUGUUCAGGUUGUUGUGGCUAGUUUCAUAGCUGAGGGCAAGAAAUCAAAGCCAGCUGAGGCACGGAAGGUCGAACCGAUGGCUGCCCCUCCACAGAUGGCUACCUUCGUACCAGCUCCGGUGGCCACUAGCCCUCCGUCAGAGGGCACCUCCAGUGCGUCGUCUGAUGACUCCGGCAGCCCGAUCAACCACAGCGCGAUGCCUUUCAACAACUCCGGCCAACACCAGCAGCCUCAUCAGCACCAGCACAUGCCCCCUGCCUACGCGUCUGGCGGCUGGUCGCUGUCUGCCGCGCACCAGCAGAACAGGCACGACUCUGACAUGAAGAUGAUGUCGAACUAACACUGCCCCAUUUGUUGGUUGGGCUGAAGAAGAAGCUGAUGAUGGUUGGUACUGCAUGGCGCUGCUGCCUGCUUUGCGUCGUCUGUGAUAUCUGCUAUAGCUAAGCUAGCUAGGAGAUUUAGGUUCAUGGUCUCACCUGCUGUUUUCGCUCCCGAGUAAGAUCAAUUUAAUGUUAGCCGCUGUUUGUAGCCGUUGUCCUCCAAAAGUCAGUCGGUCGGUCGGUCCCUAACGCGAGUUAUGAUGUCUGAUGAGAUGUUCGCCUCCUAGGGUUACUCUAGUACUAUGGAUCAUGAAUUUACUUGGAUGCUUUGAUUUCAAUUCGGGAACCAGAUCGUAUUCUGUUCUGAUCUGUUGCCCAUGUGUGCUGUCUGUCUGUCUAAGAUUAUAGGCAGCGGAAUCUAUUGGUGAAGUAUUUUUUGUUUCUUUAA